AUGGUCAGGAACUCAAAAUUUGUUUUGGAUCGCCAUGACAUAACCUUGCGAGGUCGCAAACUGGUGCACACGGGUUUGAUUGGAUGGAAGAGUGCGCGAGGUCGAAUCGUGGAGCUGCUGGCUAUUGUCCUCACUGACCUCAUCUUCUUUGUGCAGGAGAGCAACCAGAAAUACACAUUCUUUGUCCAGGAUGGCAAGUCCUGCGUGAUACCACUGUACAAACUGCUAGUGAGAGAGAAGCGUGACACACGUGACAGUCACGGCAUCUACCUCAUCUCCCAAUACAGCCAGUACCCCGAGAUGUACGAGCUGGUCUGCCGCUCCAAGGAUGACAAGGAGAGCUGGAUCAAGGUCAUACAGAUGGCGAAUGAGAAGUGUCCUCGUGAAGUGGAAGAGGAAGUACCAUCUUCUGAAAUGGAGGAAGAAAAACGGAAACUCGAGGAGAGAGCUGCGAAGGCCAAACUGAUUAUAGAUCAACUGCAUAUCAAGGAUUCAGAAAUCAAACACUGCUGUGACGAGAAGAACAAGCUGAUGCUGGAGCUCCUUGACCUGUACAAGGCUAACGAUGAACCAAACUCGCGUCCAAGUUCAAUGCAUGAAGAGGCCUCCGGCAGUGAAUCUCUGGAAGUGCUACAAGCUGCUAUGCAUGAAGCUUCUCGAUUGGCAACAAUCCUGCAGGGAAGUGGAACCCAUCUGAGUCGAAGUGUGUCAAGCGUCGGAGAGCAUGUCAGCAAUUCUUUCGUCGCUAUGCCAGUCCCAAAACGAGCGGAAACAUUUGCUGGUUUCGACAGCAGUCAUGAUGUCCCAAAAGGCGGCCUAAAGAAGCGGUUUGCACCACAGAUCCGUGACGCUGAAGGACGCAGCCCAAGUCUGCUGAGUCUGGACAAACUUGAAGGAGACAGCAGCACGUCGUCCAUGCCAGAGUCCACUCCAAUGGAUCCCACUGUCAGUGACGUCCAUCGCCAAGACUCCAUCAAGCCAGCAUCCCCUCUCCAGCGCUCCAUCCCGCAUGUCUGGGAGGAGCAGGACUCGAGGGGGUCCGAUCGAUCCAGUGACAAGGGAUCACUUGGAGAGCUGUCAGCUUCCUCCAUAUCAUCCUUACCACCAUCCCAGGGCAACCAGGAACAACUCCUCUCUAUAUCCCAGCUUGUCAAGUAUCUACACAACCUUAUGAAUCUGACCGCCCAGCAGGGCACUGCUGUAGAGAGUCUCCGGGCCCAGCUUGCUGAGGCCAACGAGAAGAUCAACAAGCUGUCUGCGGACAUGUCGGACAGGAAGACAGGAUACCGCCACAACCAACUGGAGGAGCUUCGCAACCUGCAGGAGAACAUCAGCCGUGAGAAGGCGGAGUGGGAGAAGGAGAAGAGUCGCGAGGAGAGGUUCCUGGAACAGAGGAGAGAGCAGCUGGAGGACGAGAGGAGGAGGCUGGAGAAGAAAGAGGCUGACAUUCGUGCUAAGAAGGAUGAACUCCAACGUCAGCGUGAGACUUUGCAGCGACAAAUAGACCUGAUGAGGGAACAGAACAUCAAUAUCCCCUCCCCCUUUUUGUCCUCUCCGACAGAGGGGGUAACCAGCCCGUCAAGCGAUCGAGAAAGCAGCCCUCAACAGGCUUCAGCAGCUGACAAACAACGAGAACUUGCCCACCGCAGGUCAGCAUCGGCAGAGUUCUUUAACCCUCUACAAGAUUUUGAUCCGGUUACUCAUCAACGGGAGUCCAGUCAACCAGUUGACCUCUCAAGCAGCAACUCCAGCAAUAACCGACAACCUCGGCUGUCUGUCGGCAACCUGCACAACGUCAACGCACCAGCAGCAGCAAAGCAAAACCUACCAAUGCAUCUUCUAAGUGCUAAGAAUGAACAAAAGACGCAAGGAGUGAAAGUCCAGCAGUUGCCUUUGAAGCUCUCAGCGAGUGGAAGUCAAAUUGGAUCAUCAAUACCUCCUCCCAACAAUCAGCAACAGCAUCAACAAGAGCAUCAACAACGUCAGCAGCAGCAGCAACAGCAACAGCAAACUCACAGAGUAUCCAGCACAGGUUCACUCAGCUCUGUAGCAUCUGGUGCUGCCCAAAGUCCAAACAAUAUGUCUGGAACACAGGCCCAGUCCCGCUCAGGUUCAAGUCACCGGCGCUCGUCGCCUACCCGCACAGCUCCCCAAGGACUCUCCAGUCUGAUGAAACUGGCAGAGCCCAAUUCAGGAGGCAAACGUCGAAGCCCUUCUCAGGCAGCUCCCGGUCAACAACAGUCACCCCCAAACUCACAGAGGAACCCCUCCGGACCACAGAAACCAAGCAAGCCUGGUGAUGUCUACUACUUCUAAUUCUCAGGACUCUUUUGCCCUGUGAUGUGGAGUACCGCCUCUGUGAUGGUGUAGACAGAGGCAGGCUAGACCAUCAGAUCCAGGCUAAACAGGAGGCUGUGAGAUAGCAUCACUUACUGCAACACGCACAAAUUGCUGUGUACGUUCGUGUAGGGAGGGUCUGUCACGACCAUGUUUGUUGUGUAGUUUUCGUUUACCGUAUAUUUAUAUUACCAUGGACAUCUAUAAAGGAAGAGGAAGCGCCUCCUGAGGUGGGAUCUGUGGCUUGCUGGGCGUUACACUGCGGCAAACGUCGGAUCUGGCUGGGCGUUACAGAGCGGCAGAUGUCGGUUCUGCCUGAGCGUUGCAGCACGGCAGACGUCGGCAGCCCUUGCUGCGCUGAAGUUAAUGGAAGAUUGCGCUGAUCAGGCUGCCAAGAGCUGUUCCGGUAAACAUGUCACUCCAUCAGUUCGGUUUAAGGAUAUUGAGGUUCAAGGAUGUCGAGGUUCAAGGAAGUCGGCAAAUACAGAACCUGUCAAAUGGUGUUGAUGUGAUGGUGGAUGUGGCUGCAGAACUGACAGCAAUGAUUCUGUGCAUAGGGGUGAACCUUGAUUUGACUUACAGAGAAACCACAUGAUGGUAUCUCACCUACUUGACUUACCUCCCUUUGAUAGGGACAAAGGUGUCUGACCCCAGGUGUCACACGUGGUGACCUGGGUCGGCAUCAUACUUUUGACGCCUAUACAGGCGUCAACCAUGACAUUGUGGGCACUUGGUGCCUGUGACUAAGCUACCGGAUUGGACAAGGAUCUCAGAGUCUGAAUCCAGGAGGAUGAUCAGACUGAGGAUUCUGAGCUGCCCAUCCCAGCCCACCACUAAGUGUUCAGGUGGAUGGGAAGAUGGGAGGGCAGAGCACGGAUGUGUAACAGGUGGCGUUAGCCAUGUCAGUUACUGUACAGUCACCGAAAAUGUGCUAGGGAAUUUUAUACACCUUAUUUUAUUAUCGUAUAAUCAAAACAAACCUAUUUUAGUUUACAAACAUAUGCUUAUGUCUCGUAGAGUUUCUAUUAUUAUUCACGAUGAUAUUGCCUUUAAAUAUUACAAGGCAAUUGUACAGGAAUAAUUGUAGCUUAAUGAACAAACAAGCCCAGUUAAUGGAUGGACGACUGAAAGAAGAGAUCUUUGGAGAUGUGGAGUCACAUUUAUAAUUAUUUUAUUACUAUCAUCUUGGGAUGAGAGUCAUUGUACAAAAGCAAUGCAUUUUUUAUGAACAAGUUAGCUAUAACCAGCAGUGCAAUAUACCAUGGUUAACCUGUGGAUUUCCUGUGGUUAACCUGUGGAUUUCCUGUGGUUAACCUGUGGAUUUCCUUUGGUUAACCUGUGGAUUUCCCGUGGUUAACCUGUGGAUUUCCUGUGGUUUACCUGUGGAUUUCCUUUGGUUUACCUGUAGUUUAUCUGAUACAGUGUCUCUUGUGACUGUGACAGAGAUAGUCUUGUUAGGAUACAGUUUUCGAUGAAAGAAUCAUAUUUGUGUUUCUGGAUGUGCCUUGAAAUGAUCAGGAAAUUUUCCAAUUUUUAUGAAUGCGACUACCAUAGGCGGUUGAUUUUGUUGAAAGGGCAAUUCUGUGUGGGCAUCUGAAGGAAGACAACUAAUAUUAUUUGUUAUGUGCAAACUCCUCAGUUGUUUGGAUUUUUCUUAAUGCAUGUUAAAAGUAUUUAAUCUAGGAGUUUUAGAUUUACUUUGAGACUGAGGUGACAUGAACACUACACUAUAGGGUUUAAAAGGACUAUUGACACAUAUCACAGUGGAUAUGCAAAUAUGUAUGGUAUGUCGAUUUCCCAUCAUAAUGACAAGAAUUAUUUUUUCAUGAUUGAAAUAUAAAUACCUUUAGCACUUGAUGACAUAGCAGAGAACAUAUCAUUCUAUUGCUCUGACAGUUUUCUAGCAUUAGUAAUGGACAUGUGUGUUUUGUUUAUUGGACUACUUACAAUUUGAAGCUAAACAAGAGUGUUUAGUGCAUUCACCUUGUAACACGCACUUCUCGGCUUGGACACGACCCCACAACUAUGAGACACAUAUGCAUUAUGAUGAUGGACGGAUUAUCAAUUCUCAUUGAAGGUAUUCGAAACAUUUUCCCAAUCUUGACUUUUCGCAAAUGGCUCUUUGAGAGAGACUUUUAUAGCAACUAUCAAGUGAAUUCCUUCAUUUUAACAUUCCUUGUUUUUUUCUCUCGAAAAUGAAUCUUUAUUUUUUGACAAAUGCAAAUUAUUAGGUUUUUGGCCUCAGCGAAAGCAAGCAGUGUUUUGUGUUGAUCAAAUUGUGAUCAGCGACUUUUCUCAUGUAGUUUGUCUUCCCAUGUUCACUAUGCCCUCCACUACAGCCUCAUGGUAGCCAAAACUGUGAUGCAUUGUGGGCUGCUACUGUGUACUACAUGUCUCCUACUUUUACAGCUCUGCUUCCGAGUAGCCCAGUCCUAGCUACGUGCGUCCUACUGUGUAUUCCCUGUGGUUGUACAAGGCACGGAAUCACUGCUUCAGUCUGCUUGUAUGACCUGUGUAGUUUGUCAUAGAUGUUCCAAAUAAGUAUUGCUCUUGUGGUGACGCAAGACAUGGAAUUACUGCUUGUAUGACAUUUAAAGACUGGUUCUAGAUGUUCCUGCUUUGUAUUUCCCAUGUUGUCUUACAGGGCAUGGAAUAACUAGACUUACAGCAUCCAUUUCAAUUUUCAAUUAAGACAGAACACUUGUCAAAUGUAAAAGCUUAGAAUUCAUAUUUUGUACUUAAAUCUGAAAUGUAUGAUAUUAAUGGACAUAUAUUUUAGAUUAAAGUCUGUGCAGAACAAAUGAUCAAGCAGUCUACCAUAUUUGACAAUGUAACAAGUGGCAUUAUUGUGUAGAACUGGUAUAUAAUGUAUCAGAGUGGUGCGAUAUUUUGAAACCAUUAACUGCGCCUAUGUACCAGCACUGUAUUAUACACAGUAAAUGCACAUGUUUUAGUUUACUGCUGUUUAGCCUUGUACAACAGCUACCUUUGUUAUGUGUAAAGGUGUUGCACAAGGAAGCAUUUUACCUCCUUGUCUUUUAAUGGUGCCUUCUAUUGUUAGACCCAGUUUCUGUUAUUCAAUACCCUUCCACUCGUUAUCAUGUUACUAUUGAAGAGAUACUUUUAAAAUGUUACUGACAUUUUAUUGAGCCUGUAGAAGCCUUGUUAGCUGUUUCAUCAAUAGAUGCAUUUACCUUGCAUUAUGUGCACUAUGGGCGCUGGUUUUUAAGUUAUUGUUUUGAAGCAUGCUUAUGUUGCUUUCUCAAAUUGUAUAGCUGAUUAAGCAUUUUGUGAUACACCAGUGUAGCUACACCCAACACUUUGUCUUUUUAAAAUAUAUUUUUUAAGAAAAAAAUACAUUUGUGGGUCAGAUUUCUAAGAGCAAUUAUUGUAUAAUUGCAUAUAACAUUGUAAUUUUUGUAAUUUAAUUCACAAAAAAAACCAAAAAAAUAUUGUAACUUAUCAUGUAGUUAAUUGGGAUGGAAACUUAUAUGAAAUGAUUGUUUUCGACAUUGUUACAAAAUGGAAAAAAUUCCAUGCAAAAAUAAUUACUAUCAUCCAUUUGUAAUAAAAGGAUCAAAUGGCA